AUGCCCUCGGAGAAACAGCCAUUCUACGAUCCAGUGCCGCCAACGUACGAUGAAGCGUUGGCCUCCAGUAGUCGAGGCUGGGAGUUUCCCGUAUCCUCCACCGACGAGCGCGAAAUCGAUGAAGCCGAGGCCGAAUCACUUCUUCCGCACGCUGAAUCUUCAGCCAGCUCCUCGCAGCGGCCAAAUGGGUAUCGGCCUCCGACCGUCGAAACGGAUGACGAGGAUAGUCUCUUUGGCAGUGUCAGCGAUGGCGACGACGACGAAGAGGCCGCCCAUGUGCGGCGAGAGAUGCAAGAAAUGGAGAUUGAGGAACCACCGCGGCUGCGGAGAUCGAUUUGGAGGAAGAGGAUAUCUCUCCGGCUCUCCCUACCCCGAUGGAAGUGGUCCUGGAGGCCAAGGCUACCUCGGCUGCGGAUCCGUCUUCCGUCGCGGACCCCGGCAUCCGACGCCGAAGAUGGCGACAACAAUGUGACGCGCACCGAACCGAGGAGGUGGGGGUGGCCCGCGAUUGACAAUCUGACGAUGAUCCUGGUAUUUGCCCGCAUCAUUGCCCUCAUCAUCAUCGUCGGAGUCGUCUACUUCCUCUUCGCCAGUGGCAUUUUCGGCGGUCUGUCCUCGCGCCUCAAUGCAGGCAUGCGCUUCGAUCCCGAGGACCUCCGUUUGCACAUCCAGCGAAGCGUCGAGCCCAUGCGAUUACGGGCAUCGGUUCAGCACUUUUCCAACUACGCACAUAUGGCCGGCACCGAAGGCGACUACGCGACGGCGCUGGACGUACAGAGCAUGUUCAACAGGGCUGGACUUGACAAGGUCGACAUGGACGAGUACUACGUCUACGUCAACUAUCCGACGAAGGACGGCCGGACCGUUCAAAUAUUGGACGAGAAGGGCGACAAGCCGAUUUGGACCGCCAGGCUAGAGGAAAAGGAAGGCGGGAAGGAAACAGCCGGGCGGCAGACGUAUGCCUUUCACGGCCACUCCAAGUCGGGCGAUGUCAAAGGGCCGCUCAUUUACGCCAACUAUGGCUCGCGCGAUGAUUUCAAGUGGCUUCGGGACCGGGGUGUCAACACCAAGGGCGCCGUUGCCUUGGUGCGAUACUACGGCACCGAGUCCAACCGUGCACUCAAGGUCAAGGCAGCGGAGCUUGCCGGGUUCGCGGGCUGCAUCACAUACAGUGACCCGGCCGACGACGGCUUCCUCAAGGGCGAGGUGGCACCUCACGGGCGCUUCAUGCCCUCGGACGGUGUUCAGCUCGGCGCAGUCAGCUUGGUGAACUGGGUGGUUGGCGAUGUCCUGACGCCAGGGUGGGAGAGCAAGAAGGACAUGCCGCGGAUGAAAGUCAACGAGACAGCUGGCCUGGUCAAAAUCCCGAGCCUUCCGUUGGCGUGGAGGGACGCCCAGAUGCUGCUGCGACAUAUCAAAGGCCACGGCGAAAGGGCACCCAAGGCAUGGCAGGGCGGCGUUCCCGAUGUUGGCGAGUGGUGGACGGGUGAUGGCUCAACACGCAUGGUGAGGCUGAAGAACGAGCAGGUCGAGAUCGAACAGCAGCCCAUCUGGAACGUCUACGGCAAGAUCAUCGGGAUGGAGCAGACGGCAAAGUCCAUCAUAGUGGGGAAUCACCGAGAUGCUUGGGCCUUUGGCGCCACCGAUCCCCACUCUGGGACGGCGAUCAUGAUCGAGCUGGCCCGCAUCUUUGGCGACCUUCUCUCUCGAGGCUGGAGACCUCUCCGCACCAUCGAGUUCAUGUCCUGGGACGCCGAGGAGUACAACCUCAUCGGUUCGACCGAGUUUGUCGAAAACAACCUUGAAAGGUUACGAGAGAGUGCGUACGCGUACAUCAACCUGGACACCGCCGUGGCCGGGACCGAGUUCCGCGCCACAGGCUCGCCGGCGCUGCAAAAGGCGCUGCUUCGCGCGCUGAGCAGGGUCACCGAUCCCAAUACCAAUGCCACCCUUCGGCAAGCCUGGAACCCGCCGAAUGGACGGAUGGGCGGGCCGGGCGCCAGAGGCGACUACGUUGCCUUCCAGGACAUUGCAGGAACGAGCUCGCUGGACCUCAAGUUCACGGGCGAGAGGUUUCCGAGCCACUCGAGCUACGACAAUUUCGACCUCGUGGAAAAAGUAAUCGAUCCUGGUUUUGUGCACCAUACACUGAUGGGCCAAGUGGUGGGCUUGAUCAUGCUGGACCUGGCCGACCGCGCCAUCCUCCCAUUCGACCUGGUCAACUACGCCGAGGCUCUCAGGCAUUGGGUGGAGGAGCUGGGCAAGUGGAUCAAGAGCAAGGGGGGCGACAAGGACGAGAGUUCGAAGUUGCCGCUGCAUGAGCUCGAAGAUGCCGUCACCUUGGUGAAGAUGAAUGCCGAGACGUUUGAAAAGUGGGAGCUCGAGUGGGACCGCCAGAUGCUUCAGGGCCGCAGAUGGAAAGCGGACGAACUGGGGGCGUCUCGCAUGGUAUACAACGAUAAGAUGGCCGCGUUCGAGACGGCGCUGUUGGAUCUAGAGCUUGGCGGCGGCGUGAGUUGUCGGCCCCCGACCGCAGGAGAGGAAGAAGCCGCUGACGAUGACAUGCAGAUCCCAAACCGGACGCAAUUCAAGCACGUCGUCUUCGGUCCCCAGCUUUGGUCCGGGGACGACGAAGCCUUCUUCCCGGCGAUCCGUGACCCUGUGGAGGCAGGGGAUUGGGUCCUCGCUCGUCGCAUCAUAGCCAAAACGGCGACCAUUUUGCGCCUGGCAGCGACGGUUCUGCAGAUGGACAAGUGA